AUGCGCGCGUGUUUCGCGGCAGGGUUGUCGCUCCCGCUGCAGAAACGGCGACAGCAGCUCAUGGCGCUGCUGAAGAUGAUUCGCGAGCACGAAGCCGAGAUGUUGGCGGCGCUGCGAGAAGAUUUGUCUCGAGUCGGCGUGGAGGCGUUGUAUUACGAUGUGAUACUGCCUCGAUCGGAGAUUAAAGCGAUGGUGAAUAACCUGCGCGCGUGGACGGGGAGACGCAGGGUGUGGACGCAGCGAUUGAUCACGUGGCCUUCGAGUCAGUGGACGGAGAAGCAGCCACGCGGUUGCGCGUUGGUGUGCUCGAGUUGGAAUUUCCCAUUCAUGUUGAGUCUGGUGCCGUUGGCUGGCGCGAUUGCGGCUGGGAACACUGUGGUGUUGAAGCCAUCGAACGAAAGUGCGGUGUCGACGGCAUUGUUGGUGAAGUUGUUGCGGCAGUAUUGCGACCCGCGCGUGGUGCAGUGCGUAGGGAGCGAGGUGAAAGGGGAUGGAAUAGACGUCAUGCAGACCGUUCUGAAGGAAAAGUUUGACAUGAUAUUUUUCACUGGAUCCACGACCGUGGGGAAGAUAGUCGCGCGCGCCGCUGCCGAAAAUUUGACGCCGACGGUGCUCGAGCUAGGAGGAAAGAAUCCUGUCGUCGUCACAGAUUGCGCGGACCUCAACAUAGCGGCGAAGCAGUGCAUGUGGGGUCGCACAAUCAAUUGCGGCCAACAAUGCAUCGCACCAGAGUACGUGAUUUGUCAUGAAUCACGCGCCGACCGCUUCAUGGAGUUGUGUAAGACAUGGGCAAAUCGCUUCGUUCCGGACGCGUCCGUCGAUGGCGCCAUGGCGCGCAUCGGUGGUCCUAACCCGGCAUCUCGGAUGGCAAAGAUUGGCAAGAUGCUCGACGACGCGAAAUCGGGCGUUGAGGGCGAUCAGAUCAUAUGCGGCGGAGGAUAUGACGUCACAAGGCGCAUGGUUGAACCAACAGUGGUAAAGUGCGCCAGCGAAAAGUCACCGUUCAUGAACGCGGAGCUCUUCGCGCCGAUUUUGUGUGUCUUGCCGUAUAAAACUCUCGGUCAGGCGGUUGACUUGAUUCGAUCGAAACCCAAACCACUCAGUAUGUACGUGUUCUCUCGAACAGCGUCGAAGACGCGUAUAUUAAUUGAUAACACACACGCCGGCGGGGUCACCGUCAACGGCACGUUGACGCACUGCGCUCACGAUGGAUUACCCUUCGGUGGCGUCGGCGAAAGUGGUUUCGGCAGAUACCACGGCAGAUACUCUGUCGAUUGUUUCCAACGCGAAAAGCCUGUGUUACAAAAGACGCGCGGGCUUGGGUUUUUGGGGUUUGGUUUGAUCACCGAUCCUCCCCUAGUGUAUUCGCCGCCCGCGGAGUGGAAGACUCGCGUCGCUCGCAUGGUAUUGGGGUAA